AUGGCGAGGAGCCUGCGGGGCGGAGUGCUGGACCAGUUGAAGGACGUCGUCGCCCGCGCCGUUGUUGCUGGGCUGUCGCGGAGAGACAUCAUAAGCGACGCCCAAGGCAAGGUGACCGACGUCAAAACCGCCUUCUCCAGCUGGGACAACUGCAUGAAGGCCUCGUUCUGCAAGUGGCCGGUCAUCGCCGUCAUUGUUGUUGGCGGUCUCAUCCUCCUCGGCAUCGCAUGGUGCAUCAUUCGAUGUGCGUGCUGUGGCCUAUCGUGCUGCUGCAGCUGCUUCCAAUGCCUCAAAUGUUGCGGCAACUGCUGUGGCUGCUGCGAUCCGCCCGGUGGACGUCGCCACAAGUACCUCGAUGAGCCUUACAUCCCACCACACCACGGCCAAGGCUACCAGCAGCAGACUCCCAUGCAAGCGCCUUUCCCUCCCGCCACCUCAAAGCACCCAGUAUACGAGCCCCCUCAGUAUGCCGAAUUCGAUGUUUCGAAGAAAGGUAGUGAGGAUGCCCUUCCUCACAUGCCCAGUUGGGAAGGCGCAGGGUCCAAGAAGGUAGUGCUGGAGGAAGAAGAGAUGGAGAUGAACCAGCUGAAGAAGUCGCCCAAUUCUACUCCUGCGCAACCACCUUUGGCUUCACCAUCUACUGGCCCAGUAAGCCCCAUGGGUAUGAACGGCCAUAGCCCUUAUGACAACCCUCGAGGUGGCCCGAACGGUUACAUGCCCAACCAAAGCCAGCAAGCCCUCGGCCAUGGCCGUCUGUCUCCUGGUCAGAGCCAGCAAAACCUCGGCGCGUACUCACAAGGUCAACCAGGCUACAACAACGUGGCUGCGAAUCGCGAGUCCGGUUUUGGUCUGGACCAGCCCUACGACGACCCAGCCCUAGGUGGCACGCCUGGCCAGCAUCCACCCGCCUCAGGGUACAUGGCCAACGCCCAAAACCAAGCGUACGUGCCACCGGUCAUUGCUGGGAUGGGCCAGGGUCGACAAUCGCCUGCUCCCGGACGCCAUAUGAACCAGGGCUAUGCCGAGAUGCCAGCCGAAGCUGGUCAUAUGAAUGAGUAUGGCCAACGAUCACCCCAGGACGCCCAAAGUGGAUACGGUAUGAGACGUCAAAACACCGGCGACAAUGGCGCUGUGGCAGGCAGCCGUCCUCCCUACGGCAUGGACCCUCGCAUGCGCAACUCACCCGGUCCGCGACGUACGCCCGGUCCCCGCAACGACAACGCGUAUGGGCAGUCACCCAGAGCGUCACCGGCUCCUCGUGAGCAAGGUUACGGGACCCCCCGGUACGGGUCACCAGCUCCGAUGAACCGGACAUAUUCUCCCGCUCCGCCCCCGGACAGGCACUUCUCGCCCGCCCCCGAGCGCCAACUCUCCCCCGCCCCAGGGCGUCACCGAGGUCAGGACCAUCGACCUCCCCCGCUGGCCAGACCGCCGAUCAGCCCUGGUUUUGCACAGUCUCCUCCCCAGUCGCCCAUCAGGAACAACUCGGGCUUCGACUUCACGUCGGGAUACGCCCGUCCGGAGAAUUCUGAACGCCGACCAAACGAGCCGAAACAGUCGCCUACUCAGGAGGCUUACCCAGGCUACAAGCCCUAUCAGCCAGCUCAAUAG